AUGGCAGCAUUAAAAGAAAUCCUCGUUAUCGGCGGCACAGGUGCCCAAGGUAUUCCUGUAGUAAAAGCCCUCGCCCAAAGCGGCCGCUACACCGUGCGAAUCCUAACCCGAGACACCAACUCACCCCGCGCAAAAGAACUCAUCGCACUCGGAAACGUGACUCUAAUCCAAGGCCACCAGGACAACCAAAAAGACCUCCACCGAGCUUUCCGCGGUGUAUAUGGUGCCUGGGUUAAUACAGACGGGUUCACGCUCGGCGAGAAAGACGAGCUCUUUUACGGUUUUAGGGCCUAUGAGAUCGCCCGAGGCGAAGGGGUACAGCAUUAUGUUUGGGCGAAUAUUGAGUAUGGUCUUAAGCUUGCUAAGUGGAAUGAGGAUUAUCAUUGUGGUCAUAUGACUAGCAAGGGAAGAAUUGGGGAGUUUAUUCUUGCGCAGGGACAAGAGGGCAUGAAGACGUCGCUCUUUACCACUGGGCCGUAUAUGGAUAUGCUCCUAGGUGGCUUGCUCGUACCCAUCGAAGAAUCGGAUGGGACUUUUGUUUGGAAAAAUCCCUCAAGUAAGCACUUCAAGCCCCCUAAAAUGUUUCUAGCGUAUAUUGAGGCUAAUUUAAUCCCAGAGGAUGGCAAAAUCCCUUUCAUUGCCCUUCAAGAUGUUGGGGUCUACAACCUCUGGAUUUUUGACAAUCCAUCCGAAUCUGCUGGUUUUGACCUGUCAGUUGUAACGGAUACUGUCAGCUUUGCCGAGGUCGCGAAGAUCUUCACCAAGGUCACGGGCAAGAAAGGUGUGCACGAGUAUUUGACCCACGAGGACUAUAGGAAAUUUGCUGAGCCGUAUCCCAAUGCCUAUGUCAACUGGAGUCUUGGCCCAGAUGUACACCGAGAUGAGUCUGUCAUGCUCUGGGCGGAUAAUUUCGCGGCGUGGUGGCGCUAUUGGGGCGAGGGCGUUACGCCCAAACGAGACCUUGCUAUCCUGGAUCGCAUCCAUCCUAAUCGCAUCAAGAGUUUGGAGGAGUGGAUGAAAUUGGUUAAAUACGAUGGGAAGCGUAGAAAUGUGCUAAAGAUGGUUGAAGACUGGGAAGUGAAGUCGGGUGCUCCUUUCGAGCCCGAGAAGACCGCGGCUUAG